UUCCAAAAGGGAACCUGCAAAUAUGAGCCAUUCUCACCCCGCUGGGUUACUUGCAGCAUAUAAUAGUCUUACUGAUAAACACCUGGCUGGAUAUUUUAACAACACAAGGAUAAGGCGGCAUCUCUUGAGAUCCGGGCUGAUCACAAGAAGUGGAAGAAUACUUUCUGAAAAAGAAUACAAACUAAAUAUCAUGAAGCGGGAUCAUCAAAAAUACAUUCGGGAGUGCUUAGCUCAGGCCAUUUUCCAUAAGGUUCUUGACAUGGAGCGUUACCACCAGCUUGAGAUAAAAAAGAAACUGGAAUCCUUAGCUAGGAAGGAGCGAAUUCAGAGAUUUAAGGGCGAGCACACAAGAUGGUCUGUAGAAAAUAACAUGCCAGUCCUGUCUCCCCACCCCCCAGUUGGCCCAAAGACAAACCGUGGUCAUAGUGUCCUAGUUGAUGAAGGACAUUCCAGUCCAUUAACACUGACAGCCCCUCGACCAUAUACUGCCCCAGGAACUACGCAGCCUCCCGUUCGAUUGCAGCCUCUUCCCAGCAAUCCUGCAGUAGGAACUGUUCCAAAGGUAACUCCAGGGUCCAGACCAAAAACUUCCUUGCUGGAAAAUGAAGCUCCAUUUCCCACUGGGGGCAAGAAGGCAAUGAUGAGACUCAGGAACUCCAUGGACAAUUCACGAGGAGUGAAUUCUUAUCUACUUCCAAACAUUAAGAGUUAUUUGAUGCCUAUUCCUCCUCCAUCUCCUCCCCCCAGCAGAAAAAACACAAGGGAAAAUAGACCUGAAACAUGGAGAAGGAGAAGAUUCCGUCCAACCACUGCUCCAAAUGGCUCAGACCCUCUCUGUACCAGGGAUUCAAAGAAAAUUCAUAAAACACCACUGCAUAGUAAUGCAGCUAUUACGAUGAUCUAUUUGGGGAAAAAUGUGCACCUAUCUUAUGACUUCCGGGAUGAAAUAAAAGUUUAUCAACAGCACUGUGGUGGGGAAAACCUUUGUGUCUACAAAGGCAAGUUACUUGAAAAAGAGACCUUUCAGUUUAUUUCCAAAAGGCACCAUGGUUUCCCCUUCAGUCUCACCUUUUUCCUGAAUGGGAUACAGGUGAACAGGUUAAGUUCCUGCUGUGAAUAUAAGCAUCGAAAAGGUUCCAGACUAGGAGGCAAAAGAGGCUACUUUGGGUUUGUGUGUGUCGAGAGAUCAUCUCCUUGCUACAAGUGCAUUAUUGCAAUGGGCCUCGACAAAAAACCAACAAAACCUAGGAAAGAUAAAAGUAUCGAGAGAAGAGAGGAACUGAAGAAGAGUGAUGGGAAACUGAGGAAGGAUAGAGAGUACUUGAUACCAAGAAGGAAUGACAUUGAGAGGAACAAAAUCUCCGCUUUAUCUCUUUUUUCAGCUCAAGAAGAAACAACAGGCAUCAAAGAAGUGAGAACUGCUGUGGAAGAACUAGAACGCAAAGUAAAAUCAGUACAAGAUGCUUGGGAAUAUGACCAGGACAAUAUAUUUAAAUACGAAUAUGAAGAAGAUUUUGAAGUAGAUGAGGAGAAACAAGAUGAGAAAGCUAAUGAAGAAGGGCAGGCUUAUGAUCAAAUGAGUGGAAUGUCAAAGUCACCCUCAGAUGAUGAAAGCGAUAAUUUAGACCUUGAAAAGGAAAGUGAAACCUCAUCACAGAAGGCACCAGAUGUGGAUGACAAUGUGAAGGAUGAGGGUGAUGGAUACUCUGUGAGUGAAUCGGAAGAGGAUAAACAAGAUACGAAAAGUGCUUCAUCCACCUCAUCCAGAAGUCACCUGUGUUCUAGCUCCAGUGAAGAUGGACCUGCUCGGUGCUCCAGAAAAGACCAUGCUGAAAACCGUCCCAACAAAAGUGCCAGAAGUUCAUCUUCUCAGGAGCUGAGUGAAAAUGCUGGGCCAAGAAAGUUCCAUCUUUUAAUUGAGGAUUCUCUAGGAAUUGAAACUGAAGACCAGGAAAUAGUAAAUGCAAACAUGAGGACCAACUCUCUGUCAGUAAAGGAAGGCUUAGAGAAUGUUCUCAAAGAAGAAACCAAGAAAGUUACUCAAAUGAUUGCAGAGGAUAUAUCUGAGAAGUCUAGGAAGCGUGUUUCCAAGGAAGAAAAAGAAAAGGAUAAGAGUAAGCUUUGGGACAGAAGCGAUACUAAGGUGAAGGACAAAAAGGCAGGGGCCUGUAGGGUGGAGAAGGGUGUUGGACAGAUAAUAGCCGGAGCCUUGGAAGCUGGCUGCCACUGCCGCCACGAUGCUGAGUCUGGUGCCGGGGGCGCCCAUGACCGGGAGAAGCUCCAGAGGAAGCGGGAGAUCGACACAGGUGCAGCACCGGAUAGUAAUUCUGUGGUGCAAAAAAGGGAAGAACUCAACUCAAUCAAGGGACCUAAGCAGGUCACACCAGAAAUGUAUACAGUGGGGGAGAAAGAAGUGGCAGAGGAAGGUGAAGGUCCCCAACAGAGGCAUGCAGAGACAACAGAGGAACAAGGGGAUGCAGCACUAUGUGGGGGAGUGGGGGCUAACGAGGCUCCAUUGGGGGAGUGGAAGCCAAGAGCAGCGCAGGCAUCCUUAGCAGAGCAGUCCACAGAGGAAAGAGAACGCCCACAGGUUGUAGCAAGUGGGGCAGGGGCAGAAACAGAAGGGGGAGGAAGGCUGGGGACAGAGGUGUUCCAUCCAAAGGGACAAGAAGCAGCAAGAGACCAGGCAGGUAUGAAUGAAGAUGAGGUUCCCCAAGAGCAGAAUUCAAUGCAGACAGGGCUGGAGAGAGAGAUGGCAGUUUCUGAGGAGGAACGGGAUUUGGAGAAGGCAGUGUUGGCAUGCAGUGUGGCCAUGAAAUCAGAGCAUAUUCAGGAGGCAGUGGCCCUGAGAGACACAGUGGAGGUAGGCGAGGCCGAGAUGGGGGCAACCAUGAGCGAGGUGGUGUCUGAGAAACCAGAUGAGGACGACAGCGAAGAGGAUGCAUUCACAGACCUAGAGGACAAGGGACUCAUGGGAGAGACUGUGCCUGAAAGAGAGGGUGGUCUAGGAGGAGCGACGGUUGGGGGAGAGGAACCUACCAAAGAGAGGAAGGAAAUUAUGGAAAUGAAAACACCUUUGAGCUCCUCAACGUCUGAGGUCAUGGAAACCCUGGGGGGACUUUCCGGGGACAGCUUCCAGAAACUUUGUAAGGAAGAUGUGGGGAGGGAAAAGGUUGAGACUGAGCCAGAAUUUAAUAAGGAAGAUGGUAGGAAAGAAAUGUUACCUGAGGAAUUUGAUGCAACAAGAGAGGAGAAGAAAGCUGAGAGGCCAAAAACAAUUCUGGCAGUAACUGAACCUAAGAGAGAAGAGGUGACAGGAGCAAAUGAAUGUCAGGAUGAAGACACUUUAGAAGAAGAGCAAAAGUUUAAAGGGGAAGAGGGGCAAACAGUGAAGGAAGUUAGACCUGAGGAAGAGACACAAGCUCUGGCUAAUGAAGUGGAGUGUGAUGCUGAGCAAGAAGCACCUAUUGGGGCAUCAGAACUGACUGAAGGCACCGAGUCGCAAGAAGUUUUGCUGGCAGAGACAGGGGUGACUGCAUUUGAAGUGGUACCUGGGUUUGAAAAAUCAGUGGAAAACAUAACUGCUCCAAGGAAAGAGGGAGACACAGAACACACAAGCAAGGCAGAGUUACUCCCCAGGGAGACGGGGGCUUCAGAGGAGGAAGAGGGGUCAGUCCUUCAGGGAGAGGGUGUGUUAAGAGCUCCUGAAAGUGAGCUCACAGAAAAGCCCAGGGCAUUUGAGGAGAGGCUCAUAGCCACAGCUGAGGUUCAGGAGUCUUCAGCCAGAGAUCAAGAUGGACACGCAGGACAAGAGGGGAAGGAUAAAGAAGAGCCUUUACAGGAGCCACACAUAGGGAGGGUGAUGGCAACAACCCAAGAAGCUGUUUCUGAGGGGGAUACUCCGAUGGCAGGAAUGUUGAGUGAAGAAGCCACGGUUAAGGACCCAGAGGAGGAAGUGGGUAGAGAGUGCACCCCUGAGAUAGAAGUGGUGAUGGAUGGGGACACAGAGAGACAUGGUAGCUUCCCAGGAGGAGCAGUUGUGGCUCAGGAAGAUCUUCAUCAAAGAGGAGGAGCAGAGGUAGAAAUAGCUGCAGAGAAGAGGGAGGUGUUGGCAGAUUCCAGGACAGCUGAGGGGAAAACAGAUGCAAAUAAAGCCUCUUCCUUUUCAGAUGUUGCUGGGGAGGAAACUUGGCAUAAAGUGGAUGAGUUACUAGGAAAAACAGCAGCUGCACAGAAGGUGGUGGUACAGGAACUAGUGCUGAGGGAGGAGGUGACAGUGACUACAGCUCCAGAUACUAAAGUGGAGUGUCUCCCUGCACCUUCAGAGUUGGCAGGGAAGAGCCCACAGCUAGGACAGGGUCAAGAGGGAGGUGAAACUGAAACCAUUCUGAGAGCAGAGUCAAGGGUAGAGGAGGCAGAGACAGAGAGCCAAGCUGGGGGGCAGGAGUCAGCAGUGGAAGAACUCAGACUAGGAUUGCCCCAAGGGAGAGAAUCAGAGCCAAGUAGAGAGAGUCUACAAGAUAUGGAAACACUUCCUGCAAAGCCCAAUUGCACUGCAACCCGAGAGAAGCAAGAGCUAACAGUGCAAAAAGAAAGUGAGAACACAGAUGUUCCCCUGAAGAACACAAAGGCCUAAGAGACUUCAUGGCAGACGGGCAUUUUAAAGGUGUCUUCUGGAAGACUUAAAAAGUGAAGAGAGACUUAUUCGAGCUUCUUGCCUGAACUUUAAAUUCUCUCUUUCUCUGUCACUCUUUUGUCUGAGCUGGUUCUGAAUCUGUCAACACUGA